UUUACCAAACACUUUGGUAAAUUUAGAUCUCUGUGGGCUGAAUUUGAGAUGCUGAGGCCAGCCACAACAGAUCCCAUGGUGUUGAAUGCUCGGCGUGAGCAAGAUAAGGUCUUUGGUCUCUUGCUCACUCUGAACCCGGUGUUCAAUGACCUCAUCAAGCACAUUCUGCGUGAGGAUAAGCUUCCAAGUCUUGAGGAGGUGUGUGCUCGCAUCCAGAAAGAACAAGGGUCAUCCGGCCUCUUUGGUGGUAAAGGAGAGCUUCUCACAGCCAACAAGGGAACUUACAAGCCGGAGGAGAAGAAGCCAUGGGUGUGUGAAUACUGCAAGAAGAAGGGCCACACCAAAGACAAGUGCUGGAUCCUUCAUCCACAUCUUAAGCCAGCCAAGUUCAAAGAUUCAAGGGCCAAUACUGCUUAUGAACACUCGGCAUUUCAAAGUCAUGCCGGAUCAUCCACUCACCGAGAAGAGACCAUCCAAGGAGACUUUGUGAGGAUAGCUGACUUGGAAGCGGUCAUCAAAGCCAUUGCCUCCUUGAAGGAGUCUGGAUAUUGAGAAUGGCAAAGUUCUUGGAAAGGGUGGAAUCAAAGAUGAGCUUUAUGUACUUGAAGAUUUAUCUCCGAGCACUCUUGCAUCAUGC